AUGGCUGGUAUUGGAAUACCGAUAUAUGUGUAUAUAUAUAUAUAUGUAGAGUGUGGGAGUACAAGUAAUCCUUGUCGGGGCAAGGUGGUAGGACCCACACUAAUAUUGUUGCCAUUCGUGCUGGCGGGGGUGGUGGAAUGGCCUGUGGGGGCUCUUGUUUACUGCUUUCGCCACUCUAAGGGCCGUCGCAUCAUGGCUCAUCCAGUCACCGUCGUUUAUCCUUGUGUCUCCAAUGCCAUUCCUAUUUGAUUUCUCUCUAGGUUGCUCAAAGAUGUUAUCAAUAUUUUGUAACUUUUUCAGUUUUGCGGUUGGUACACGCAUUAAAUAAAUAAAAAUUAAAAAAAUAAUAUUAUAUUUUGUGUGCUAAUUAA